UCAGUUUCCCACAUUUAGCUCCAACAACCUUAAAACUAGCAGAAUUAUCCGUUCAUUUUAUCUAAAUUUUUUUUACUAUUUCGGUGAGACUAUUUUACAAUUUUUGUCUGGAAAUUGUAAAUAUUUGUAGAACUUUUUUUUCCGAAAAAAAAGUUAAUUUUACCCAUGAGUUUGGCACACCAAAUUGGAUUCAUUUCUCGAACGCCAGUAGAGGUUCGAACGGAAAGUGUUACGCGAGAGGCGCCGGCGAAGACGGCGGUGUCGAUUUCACCAUUGUGGAGGAGAAAUCUCCGGAUUUCCGUUAAGAAUCUGGCGGCGAAGGCGGUGCUGAGAGGCGGUAUGGAGGCGGAUCUGUCGGCGGCGGUGGAGAGGGAGCAUAAGAUGGGGAGUGAUCGGGGCGGCAGCAGAGGGGUGCCGGUGUUCGUGAUGAUGCCGCUUGAUACGGUGAAGAUGGACCACACGAUGAACCGGAAGAAGGCGAUGAACGUGAGCCUACAAGCGCUGAAGAGCGCCGGAGUGGAGGGGAUAAUGGUGGACGUGUGGUGGGGGCUGGUGGAGAAGGACUCCCCCGGAGAAUACAACUGGGGCGGCUACUCCGAGCUUUUGGAAAUGGCGAAGAAGCACGCCCUCAAAGUACAGGCCGUUAUGUCCUUCCAUCAAUGCGGCGGAAACGUCGGCGAUUGUUGCAACAUCCCUCUUCCAAGGUGGGUGACUGAGGAGAUAAACAAGGACCAAGACCUUGCUUAUACUGAUCAAUGGGGGAGGAGGAAUUAUGAGUAUGUAUCACUUGGAGUUGACACCCUUCCUGUCCUAAAGGGAAGGACUCCUGUUCAGUGUUAUUCAGAUUUCAUGGGGGCCUUCAGGGAUGAAUUUCACCACUUGCUAGGUGAAACCAUAGUGGAAAUUCAAGUUGGAAUGGGUCCUGCAGGAGAGCUCCGGUACCCCUCCUAUCCAGAACAAAAUGGGACAUGGAAGUUCCCUGGAAUUGGGGCUUUUCAGUGCUUUGAUAAGUACAUGGUGAGAAGCUUGAAGGGUGCAGCAGAGGCUGCAGGGCACCCUGAAUGGGGUCACUCUGGUCCAACAGAUGCUGGGCAAUACAACAGUUGGCCUGAAGACACAAACUUUUUCCGGCGAGAAGGCGGGGGCUGGAACAGCCCAUAUGGUGAAUUCUUCCUGUCCUGGUAUUCCCAGAUGCUGUUGGAUCACGGCGAGAGGAUACUCCAGGCAGCCAAAUCAACUUUCGAGAGCUACAACGAUGUUAAGAUAUCAGUUAAGGUUGCCGGCAUCCAUUGGCACUACGGAACACGGGCGCACGCCCCAGAGCUCACGGCCGGGUACUACAACACCCGGUUCCGAGACGGCUACCUCCCCAUCGCCCACAUGCUGGCCCGUCACGGCGCCAUUUUCAACUUCACCUGCGUCGAGAUGAGAGACCACGAGCAGCCACAGCACGCGCAGUGCGCGCCCGAGAAGCUGGUUAAGCAGGUCGCACUAGCCACCCGAAAAGCCCGGGUCCCGCUCGCUGGGGAGAACGCAUUGCCUCGGUUUGAUGGCUAUGCGCACCAACAGAUAGUGAGGGCUGCAGCACCCAAUGAUGGCGUGAAAAUGUGCGCGUUUACCUACUUGAGAAUGAACCCGGAGUUGUUCCAGGCUGAGAACUGGAGACAGUUUGUGGGGUUUGUGAAGAAGAUGAAGGGAGAGCUUUGUUUGGAUCAGAGAGAGUGCGAGUCUGAGCAUUUAAAUCCUCCAUUGGUGCAAGAAGCUCUCAUGCAUUAAGAGACUCCCCUCCUGGCCUGGCAGGCCAGCGUAUAUAUAUAUAUUGUUAGUUUUACCACUACAUUUUGGUUUUGAUGUCAAUGAUAAUUUUAGAUUUAGACUUUAGUUUUCAGUUCCAUGUUAAUUAGUUGAAAUGAAAAGUAAAUUACUAUCACAUCCAUA